AUGAACAAGGGCGGAGAGGCUGGAGGUUAUCCAACCACCCCAGAGCUUUCUUUAUGGAAUAGCUUUGCUUUUGAUAUUGUGGCCUUCUCCAAUCAUUUAUUUUCUAUUCCCAAGAACUUCCCCGAUGAUUAUCAGAUGUUUUAUGCUCUAUCUCUUACCCAACUGUUAACUUUGUUGGAGGUCCAACUGGUGGAUGGAUUGAAUAAAUUGCUUGAGAAAGCUCAGAGUUCUCUUGAAAUCAUGGAGGAGCGUGUCUCCCAACUCACAGAUGAAGUCGUGGUGGCCUCUGUUCAUCACUUUGAGGAGGCGAGAAGGCGAGUUGCUCUCCUCUACCCUCAUCUGGAUUUGAGUCCUCUAGACCCUUUUAAGGUGGUUCUGAAUGGGAAGUUGGUGGAUGAAGAAUGA